AUGACUCUUUCCAGUAAAAAACAGAAACCACCUGGUACACCAGUACCUGGUCAAAAAGGUUAUGCUGCCGCAGUCAAACCUCGCAUUACCACCACCUCUCACUCUCUCAUACAUGGAGAGGUUGUUCCUGAACACACUGGUACGCCUACCGCAUCUACCACGCCUCCCACCAACGACAAAAUCAAAACUCGUAUUUGGCGAGAUGUUCGCACAGACAAUGGCUACUUUCUUGAUAUCUCCAAGAUAACUAACAAGUCCGAUCAGCAACAUUUGCAGAUACUGAAUGACCAGUAUCAAGCAUCCAACUUCCUUGGGAUCAAGUUUUUGGGCAAGGCCACCCAAAGAUACAUCGAGGUUUACCCCACCAACGACAUCGUCGACCGCUUCUUAACCGAAGGUGUCCUUUAUGAAUCCGAGAACCCCAAGAUUCAACUGUUUCCUUGCAAAGCUGUAGAUGGAGAAGGCAAGCUCAUUCAGAUCUCGCUUACUGACAUUCCCUUUCUCCCUCAAAGACAAUUGUUAGAAGCACUAUCCAAGGCUAUCGAUGUGUUUGGAAAGAUUUUAGACCUCGGUCUAAAUUACGAACAGUCCAUAGGUUGGUUCAUGGGCACUGGGUAUGCAAUCAUCCAGCAACUACCCAAUGUCGAAUACCCAACCUUGCACCAUAGCAUUACUUGGCAGACCGCAACUAAAGCCGACGAAUUUUGCCACGCCACCUUCCCCGACAUGGGUACAUGGUGUCGCUACUGCCACGAAGAGGGCCACACUAAGUUUGAAUGUUCUAAGGCAUUGGUCCGCAUCAUCUGCUAUAAUUGUGAUAAAGCUGGCCACCGUCAGGACACUUGCUCCAAGCCCAAGAAAGGAUCCUCGGAUUGGGAAUUCAAAAAGGCUCGAAAGAUUCCAGUAACAACCUCAUCUGCAGAGGCCGAUAAGUCUAAAUGGGCAUUCAGCAUUAAUAAGAAUUCGGAUGAUGGUAAGCAACAAUCUCAGGGACAACAACAGCAGCGCCAGGAACAACAAGCCAGUAUUAAGUCAAAUGAUCAGACCACCAAGGCAACUCCACCAAUUAUGAAGUCAGGCUCCUUGGCAGAGAGGCAGGCUGGAUCAGUAGAUCCCACUCCCACCCAAGAGUCCCAGUCUAUGUCUGAGGACGAGGAUAAUGACGAUGAUGAUUAUCUGCCUUCAGCAGGCGAACUAGAGAGCGAACUUGAGAGCGAGGUGGAGUAG